CCUCCGGACGAGCGGGACCCGCCCCUGACCGGCCCCACCGCCUAGCCUGCAACAUGGCACAGGACCUCAGCUUCCGCGGCCGCCGGGCCCUGGUGACUGGGGCUGGCAAAGGGAUCGGUCGCGCCGUGGCUUUGGCGCUGAGUAGGGCUGGGGCCCGCGUCACCGCGCUGAGCCGCACUGCGGCGGAUCUAGAAAGCCUCAAGCGAGAGUGCCCGGACAUCGAACCCCUGUGCCUGGACCUGGCCGACUGGGACGCCACGGAGGCGGCGGUGGGCGCGGCGGGGCCAUUCGAGCUGCUGGUGAACAACGCGGCCGUGGCGCAACUCCAGCCCUUCCUAGAGGUGACGCGGCAGGCCUUGCAGCGGUCUUUUGAUGUGAAUCUUGGGGCUGUGCUUCAUGUUUCCCAGAUUGUUGCUCGGCAGAUGAUUGCACAAGAGAUACCAGGUGCUAUUGUAAAUGUCUCUAGCCAGGCAUCUCAGCGUGCUCUGCACAACCAUGCUGUUUACUGUUCCACAAAAAGUGCUUUGGAUAUGCUGAGCAAGGUAAUGGCAAUGGAACUGGGACCCCAGAAGAUUAGGGUGAACACUGUGAAUCCCACAGUAGUAAUGACCGACAUGGGGAGAAUUAACUGGAGUGACCCUCAGAAAUCUGCUGCCAUGAUCAAUCGGAUUCCACUGGGAAAGUUUGCAGAGGUGGAUGAUGUGGUGAACAGCAUUCUCUUUCUGCUGAGUGAUAAAAGUGCUAUGACAACUGGCAGCUCGCUGAUGGUUGAUGGGGGAUUUCUUGUCUCCUAAGAUGAUACCUGCAUUUCACACCUGGCCUUAAUUUUCAUACUAGUAAUUCAUAGAUGUGGAAUGGACAGCAAACAAUGACACAGACCCAGUCUUGCUGGAGGAAAGGGGCAGUAGGGCUGGAACGUGUAUAAGAAGCGAAGCAGAAAAUUACCUUUAAAAGGCUGCUAUAUAAUAAAGAUCAUAUACACCGUCA